AUGAGUUCCAAGGUGCCGUACUACUAUUCGGAGCUCACGCCCCAGGAAAGAGCCGAACGGGCGGCUCAACAACAACACAAUGGUGAAAUCAACUUGCAAACGUCUGACACCAACGCCAAUUCAAACAAUCAGGAAAGCGGCUUCUUCAAUCCGCUGCUCAACAUCGAACCUGAUACCUCGGGAGCCCCGAGCUCGUUGACGAGCAAAGCUCGAAAGAAAAAGACUCCUGCUAGCACCGGUAACAGCGCUGCCGUGUCGACCGUAAAUAGCCCAACGAAGAAUAUCUACGGGACGACCGCCGCUUACGCGAAGCAGCUGAUUUUCGGGAACAAAGCAACGAAGAACGGGAGUGCUUCUGGAGGAGGAAUGAGACAUGCGGAGAGCUACACGUCGAGACGCAACAGCUCGGAGCCAAAUAUUUAUGAGGAGAUCGGAUCCACAUGCUAUUCUGAGUAUGGAAUUCCUCAAAUGACCCAGCACGGACACUCGGGCAUGCAACCUCAGGGUGUGUGCGCCGAGGUGAGCCGCGUGGAGGAAAGUCACGCUCACAUCCUCGAGAAUCUCAAUCUGGAAGUGGAGUCGAUGCUGAUGCCUCCUUCGGACCAGGCGUCACAUCAUCUACAGAGCAACGGUUCGAACGGAGUUACGACACCGAAGGAACGUCCUGAAAGGGAACUCAUCAAGCAGCAGAGUAUGCCUGUGGGCAAGAUACUCACGAAACAGAAUGCGCUCUCGAACAACGUUUCGUCGGGCGCGGAUCACGUGUACCAGCUGUACGAUGACGGCCAUAAGGACAAUGACAAUAUCUACGAAGAGGUCGACAUUUAUCAGAGACAGCUGGGUCUCGCCUCCGGUGGAGGCGUUACGGGUGUUGGAGGGGUUCCGGAGCACAGUCUCACUAGAUGGUUCUCGACCAGAGCGAGGAAGGACUCCAGAAGGCUGGCUUCUCAGCAGAACCUCAAUAACCUACAGCAACAAAGUCAAGGUGAUUCUCACGGCUGCAAUGGUGGCAGGGAAGGUGGGGAAUAUGAGUGCGACCCUCUGUGGACAGGAUCAGGGCCUCGCGGAAGGAAGCAACGCAGACCUCCCCUCAGUCUACCACCAAUGCCCACCGGCUUGAGUCCCGAGCAAAUCAAGCGGAGACUUAUCGUUAACACAAUUGUCGAAUCCGAGAAUUGCUACGUGUCGGCAUUGCAUCGGCUCAUUGUGGACUUUAAGCAGCCUCUGAUACGAUGUCAACCGCCUUUCCUCUCGACCCAUAAGGUCGACGUCAUGUUUCACAGAGUGGAACAAAUUCUACAAUGUCAUACCAUUUUCGGAAUCGCUCUCACUCAGUGUGUUUGGGAAUGGGAUCAAAAGGAAAUGUUGGGCGGUGUUUUCUUGAAUACUUUCUCGAAGAACCACGUGCUGGAGAUAUACUCAGACUUCGUGAAUAACUUCACCACUGCCAUGGACACAGCCCGUCAGGCCUCUGCGUCGAAACCGCAGCUGGCUCAUUUUCUAAAGGCGCCAACGUCGGGCCUGCUCCAAGAUACGUCGUUAACCUCUCAUGCGAAUAUCCCUCAUCAAUACCGAAAGAUGAAGCAGGUCUACAGCAGUGAUCGGCUUGGGUUUUAUGGCCUGAUGGUGAAACCCGUGCAGCGGUUUCCGCAAUUCAUUUUGCUGCUCCAAGAUCUCUUGGCCAACACACCAAGCGAGCAUCAGGACAGACUCAGCUUGGAGCUCGCGCUUACUCAACUCGAAUGUCUGGCUGAAGCCCUCAACGAACGCAAACGGAUUUGUGAGCAGAAUCAGGCAGCCAGGGAGCUUUCGAAGUCACUCGGCAGCGCGAAAAUCGGGUCGAAGAGUGGAGAUCAGCUCCUGAUUCGACUGGAUGAUGUCAGCCAACUCGAAAUGGAUUCAACUGGUUUGGUGGUGAAGACAAAAUCUCGCAAAAUGUUCAUGCUGAGCGACACUCUCAUCUGUGUUUCGGGUGAUGGCAAAAACAAUGUGAAGUGGAGCGUUCCCAUAGUCGAGGUGGAAGUUCUCGAAGAUCUUUCGGCUCGAAGCCUGUUGGCCGGCAGGACAGCUUUAGCGGCAACCCCGCAUUUUCUGAUGCCUCAUUCCGACGACGCCAAACAGGCCGCUCUGGACGAGCUCGCGGACUUGGUUCAUGACCUUGAAGUAAUGAACAGGGUCUGUGGAUUGGUGGCUACCUUGAAACGGCCGCCCUCCGCGCUGCCCCCCGUCGAAGCCCUCUUUCAGGCCGCACGCUGCAUUCAAGAGGCCAUCAAAGCCAAAGAGGAGGAAGUGGCGGCGACCGACAGCGCUUGUCUCCAGCUCUGCGUACCCGUCAAGGGAUCAAUAUUCUUUCAGUUCUGCAGUUCCACCACAAAGCGAGACUGGCUCACAGACCUCCGAUUGUGCAAGAUGUGUUUAGACUCUGAUAACCAACCGGCGUGGGAGACUCUUCCUUCGUUGGCGAACGAGGCGCAACUCGUUGUCAACAAGCAUCCGUUGCUUUCGAAAGUCAUGCCUCUCUUCCAGGCAACUUCUGCCACUGAAGUCAAUUGCGGCUGUUACUACACCGCUCUUAGCAAACCCAAUGGAGAGAAGAGCUUCCAGCCUCCGCACUACCUCUGGCUCUGCAGUACCGACGGGAUCAACUCUCAUAUGGUGAUUCUCCAGCAAGGUCUUUCUGGCGGACACAGUAUGCGACCCGUUGGAGCUUUCGAUCUCCCAGAGAGCCAGAUAACAGCGAUGGAGUGCGCCCCACCACCCCGCGAAUGGUGUCCGAUGGGCCAAGCUUUGGAGGACGUAGCUGAAACAGUUUGGAUCGCGACAGAGUCUAAAAGAUUGAUCCUCUUGCUGGCGUCGUGUCCAGACAAAUGGACGGAAGUUGGAAACACGUUGGUCACUUCGCCCGCUACGCAGAUCAAAUACUUCAACGCCAACGUGUACGUUGCGCUUUCGAAUGGACAGAUCUAUGUGUACGCGAGGCUUUCGGACGGUACCGGAGCUUGGGAUCUCGAACAUCCGACGAUUCUCAGUCUCGGGGAAGAUCCGGUUACGUCGCUUCUGGCCUGCGCUCGCCAGGAAGCGCUCUUUGCGGCAUGCGGUCCGAAGAUUUGGCGAAUCGACGGUCAUUCGCAGCAAGUGCUUGAUUCUCACGACCUCCACGUUCAUUCGCACGCGGGCCACCAAUUCCAUCCCGAUCGGGAGAGGACCGAGCAACAGGAACACGCCUAUUUGAUGGCGGCAGCCGGAACCGGGCUUUGGGUGUCAACGGUCAAUUCCAGCCUCUUGUGUCUCUACCACCUCGAAACGUUCAAACAUCUCCAGGACGUAGACGUUUCGCCGCCCGUCCAGCAAAUGGUGAAGACACCGGACGCUUCGGUGUUCAUCACGUCGUUGCAGGUUUCACGAGGCUUGCUAUGGGCUGGAACGAAUGUCGGAGUUGUCGUCACCCUGCCAUUGCCCAAGCUCGAGGGCAUUCCUCUGGUUCCGCGAGGCUCGGUGUUCGCCUCCUUCCAUGGCCAUCAAGGCGCCGUCACUUUCCUCAUCAGUCUUGGACCUUCGGAACCUCUCCCUGCAAUCACCGGCGGGAUGCUCAAUUCGGGAACCCAAAACCAGCAGGCCCAAACGCCCAACAGUCAGGGUCACGGGACCGACGGUGAAUCGAUAUAUGAUCUCUAUUCAGACCUCAUGCUUUUGCAAGACUAUGAGUAUUACGACGAGUCGUCGGAACGGCUGAACCGCUCAGAGCCUGAACUAAUUCAACUGGCAGACCCCUUCAGUAGACCGAGAUCGUGGGACAUGUCCAGUAUGGAUGUGUCGGCUCGUGGUAGCGAAGCAGACGACACGGAAACUUCACAGCAGAGUGAAACUCCGUUGCAUCCACUACCGCAAGUGACUGCUCCUACAGCAACAGCCAGCGCCUUAAUAUCGCCGCUUGUGAACGCAGCUGCCAAAACCUACGGCACUUUGCGGACACUCAAAAAGGGCAAAACGAAGCAGAAGCCCCCUCCUUCCGCAGAAACGUCGAACAACAUUGCCGCGACGCCUCCAAGUGGUGUGUCGAAGAAUCGGAAUCAGCGACGCCGUACAGUAUUGACCCUGACCGGCGGCUGCGGCUACGUUAACUGGAAGAAAGGUGGAGCGUUGAGUGGCGGAGGUGGCGAUGCUUGCGUCUUGGUCUGGGAGACGAAGAUCAGGCAAGCCUGA